UUGCGACCAACAGGUGCACACACGCUCUUCCUUAUCUUAGCUUAGAUUCCGUCUCUGCUGGGAGGCCUCUGGCCGCCCGGGCUGCGCAGGCGCGGCGGAGGAGGCCGCACUUUGUGCUCCUGGAUCUGGCAGCCGGACCUAGAGUCAACCAACUAUCUCCUGAUGUGAUUGUCAAGUUUCAUCUUUGGAUGAGAGCUGUGUCCCCCGUGCUUGUUGAUGCCAAAUCGCUAACCCGUGGUCAAUCUUUCCUGUCAGUUGCGCACGCUGCUCGGCCCCCAACCUAUUCUGCUUGACUGACUGAACAGUUGUUUUGUCACCAGGACAAAUGGCGGAGGCGGUGCUCGUUGCUCUCGGAAAGAUUGGGAAUGUCUUAGCUGAUGAAGCUACCAAGGCUUUGCUGGCCAAGCUGUCAGAAAAAGUUAGUAAUCUGAUUGAUCUGGAUGACAAGAUUGAGGGAAUAGCGAAGCAAUUAAAUACAAUGAAGAACGUCAUACAGCAGAUAGGCACGCCGUACCUAGCCGACAAAGUCGUAAAGGGUUGGAUUGGGGAGGUGAGGAAGUUGGCCUACCAUGUUGAGGAUGUGAUGGACAAAUACUCAUAUCACUCUCUUCAUGUGGAAAAAGGGUUUCUGAAGAAGUGCCUCAAAGGAUCACAUUAUGUCCGGGUUUUUAGUCAAAUUGCCGAUGAGGUAGUCAAGAUAGAGAAGGAGAUAAAGCAAGUUAUCGGACUCAAGGAGCAAUGGCUGCAACCAUCCCAGCUUGUUCAUGACCCGUGCACUGAGAUGGAAAGACAACGGUCCCAAGAUAUCUUCCCUGAACUUGUGAAAGAUGAAGAUCUUAUUGGAAUUGAAGAUAACAGGAGAAUGAUGACUGAAUGGUUGUACUCGGAUGAGAUGGAGACUACGGUGAUAACGGUGUCGGGUAUGGGUGGGUUGGGAAAAACAACCCUCGUCACAAAUGUGUAUGAACGUGAAAAGAUCAACUUCCAAACAAGUGCGUGGAUGGUUGUGUCUCAGACCUACAGUUUGGAUGCUCUGUUGAGGAAGUUACUCGAGAAGGUUACCGAACAACCAUCAUCACCUAACAUUGACAGGAUGGAUGUGCAUGACUUGAAGGAAGAAAUAAAGCGAAAGCUUAAAGAUAGGAAAUGUUUAAUUGUAUUGGAUGAUGUCUGGAACAAGGAAGUGUACUCUCAAAUGCGAGAUGCAUUCCAGAAUUCUCAUGCAAGUCGCAUCAUCAUCACAACGCGGAACAAUCAUGUUGCUGCUGUUGCUCACUUGACACGCCGUAUCGUUCUCAAGCCUUUGGGGAAUGCUCACGCAUUCGAACUCUUCUGCAGGAGGGUCUUUUAUAUCAAGAAGGACCAUGAGUAUGAGUGUCCCAAUCAUCUCAUGAAAACUGCUAGGUCUAUAGUUGAUAGAUGUCAGGGUCUGCCACUAGCAAUUUUAUCAAUAGGUGGUGUUUUGUCUUCGAGGCCACAAACACAAUACUCUUGGGAGCAGAUAUACAAUCAACUCUCAACUGAGCUGUCGAAGAAUGAUCAUCUCCGGGCAGUUUUAAAUCUGAGCUACCAUGACCUAUCUGGAGACCUCAGAAACUGCCUUUUGUAUUGCAGCCUUUUCCCGGAAGACUACCCGAUGUCACGUGAGAGCCUUGUGAGGCUGUGGGUUGCAGAAGGCUUUGUGUGUAGCAAAGGAAAUAGCACCCCGGAGGAGGUGGCCGAGGGAAACCUGACGGAACUGAUAUACCGCAAUAUGCUUGAAGUCAAGGAGACAGAUGAACUGGGAAGGGUGAGCACCUGUACGAUGCAUGAUAUUGUGCGAGACCUGGCUCUUUGUGUUGCAAGCGAGGAGCAGUUUGUAUGUGCAAAUGAUUAUGCCACAUUGAUACAUAUGAAUAAGGAUGUUCGUCGUCUGUCAUCAUGUGGAUGGAAAGGCAAUACUGCACUGAAAAUUAAGCUUCCCCGUCUUCGAACUCUAGUGUCAGUAGGAGCAAUUUCAUCCAUGCCUGCCAUGCCGUUCUCAGUUUCGUCAGAAUCCAGCUACCUGACUGUCCUCGAGCUACAAGACUCUGAAAUCACUGAAGUGCCGGCAUGGAUAGGUACACUCUUCAAUUUACAUUACAUUGGCUUACGCCGCACCAAGGUGAGGUCACUCCCAGACUCUGUUGAGAAACUAUCGAACCUGCAAACUCUGGACAUCAAGCAAACUAACAUAGAGACCCUACCAAGAGGGAUUGCUAAGAUCAAGAAUCUACGGCACCUCUUAGCUGAUAGAUAUGCUGAUGAGAAGCAGACGGAGUUUCGAUACUUUGUCGGAAUUCAAGCACCGAAAGAACUGCCCAACAUUGAAGGGCUGCAGACUCUUGAGUUCAUCCAAGCGAACAAAGACUUGGCUGAGCAGCUGGAGAGAAUGGUGCAAUUGCGAACUCUGUGGAUUGACAACAUAAGUUCUGCUGAAUGCGCAACUAUUUUUGCUGCCCUGUCAAAUAUGCCGCUUCUUUCCAGUCUGCUUCUUGCUGGAAGAGAUGAGAACGAGGCACUUUGUUUCGAGUCCCUCCAGCCAAUGUCCACACAUCUCCACAAGCUGAUCAUCAGAGGGAAAUGGGCCAAGGGAACGCUGGAGUGCCCGAUAUUCCGCAGCCACGGAGAAAAUCUCAAGUAUCUAGCUCUAAGCUGGUGUCACCUUUGGGAAGACGAGGAUCCACUGGGGAUGCUUGCACCACACUUGCCAAACCUCACAUAUCUGCGGCUCAACAACAUGCGCAGUGCAAACAUUUUGGUUCUUUCUGCAGAUUCCUUCCCUCACCUGAAGAGCCUUACACUGAAGCACAUGCAUAAUGUCAACGAGCUAAAGAUCAUCGAUGGCGCCCUUCCGAGCAUCGAAGGUUUGUAUGUCGUGUCAUUGUCGAAGCUGGAUAAGGUCCCUCAAGGCAUUGAAUCCCUUAGUUCCCUGAAGAAGCUCUGGCUGCUGGGCUUGCACGGGGGCUUCAAAGCUCAGUGGGACAAGAACGGAAUGCAGCAGAAGAUGGUGCAUGUUCAGGAGCUUCGUGUCUGAAUGUGGCACAGCGGUUCUUUCUGCAGUGGCUUUAAUCAUUCUGGUAUGUUAUAAUUAUUAAGACAUCAUUUGCGAGCCUUGUACUUCUAUAUCGUGAUACGAUUUCUGUUUUCAGGAGGCCCUGUAUUUCAGUUUGAUGCUGUAAUACUGAUUUCAGGAAACAGUUGUGUCGAACAUGUGAGAAAACAAUGUUGUGGAAUUUGUUUACCUUGUUGUUAGUAGAUACCGCCCGAUCUAUGUUUCUGCUGCAUCCUGGUUGUCGUUCUCGAAGAGGCACAUCCUCGACCGAUACUGAUUUCCGUGUCCAAGUGAAGCCCCUGCUCGAGUUGAGAGUCCGAGAGGCGGGAUUUUGUAGGAGCUCAACUCAAAAACUGCUGUGUUUUAUGUGAAGAAAAUGUUUUUUUUAGUAGCAGUUGUUUUAAUUC